AUGCUUCCUGAAUUUCCCCUACACUCCGUCGUCGCGGUGAUGCUCGCCUUUGCCCCUUUGGCGAGGACAGCACCUCAACCGAUCACGAAGCGCUCGACAUCGGAACUUAGCUUGACAGCUCAGCUGCGACUUGCAGACACUGCUAUCGAACGUUACAAGCUCCUCCCAAAGGAUGAAGACUUUGUCUUCAAUUUCGCCGGAGCCUCGCUUCCAGUGGCCACCAGCGAGAAUUUUCCCGCCCUUGUAGGCACUGGUGCAUCCUUCAGCAUCUCGCAAUUGCCAGCAUGCAGCAUGAGCUUCCUGCACCUGCAUCCUCGUGCAACUGAGCUCUUCGCCAUUACGUCGGGGCGUGUGUUGUCUGAAAUGGUUCCGGAGACGGGCGUCCUUGACUCUGAAGGCCACCAACGGGUCAUCCGUGCCGAGCUCGGCCCUGGCAUGUUGACCGUCUUUCCGGCCGGGUCGUUUCACACGCAAGUGAACCCAGACUGUGAGCCUGCCAAUUUCACCGCAGCCUUUACCUCGGAUGAGUUUGCCGUGGGUAUUGUCGCUGCACAGACAUUUUCAUUCAGUGAUGAGGUCAUUGCUGCCACAUUUGGGGAGACCAUCGCUGGUGAGGAUAUUGACAAGGUCCGGCAUGCUAUUCCUGCGACCAUGGCCAUCAAGGUUGAGGAAUGUUUGACCAAGUGUGGCAAGCAGAAGCGCCAGGCUUAA